AACGUUGCGGCAGCACGCAGCUUCGCCAUUUUCGCAGCUCUUUGUGCGCCACUGUUUGCUAAGAGUUUGCGUCUUAUUUUAGCGAGCAAUUCGUCGACUCGGGUUUAAAUUCUGUUGCAAAAAAUGCAAGGAAACAGAGGCCCCCAGCAGAACCACGGCCCCAACCGCCCGGGAGACCAGAAAAAACCCGGAGGAACAAACACCAACGGCCAGCAGCCUGAGCCUAGCGAACAGACCAACCCCAAUGAGGCCUUAACGCUGGACCUGCACAGCUUCAGAAAGCCCGGGGAGAAAACCUUCACGCAGCGCAGCAGGCUCUUUGUAGGAAACCUCCCAACUGGAGUCACCGAGGAGGACAUCGAGAAACUGUUCGCCAAGUACGGGAAGGCCAACGAGAUCUUUGUCAACAAGGAAAGAGGCUUCGGUUUCAUCCGGCUGGAGACCAGGAUCAUAGCAGAGAUUGCCAGAGCCGAGCUGGAUGAUACCCUGUUCAGAGGCAGACCCAUACGGGUGAGGUUUGCAACACACGGUGCUUCUUUAUCUGUGAAGAAUUUGCCAGAGUUUGUGUCCAACGAGCUGCUGGAGGAGGCCUUUGCCGUCUUCGGUCAGAUAGAAAGAGCUGUGGUCAUUGUGGAUGACAGAGGGAGGCCCACAGGGAAGGGAAUAGUGGAGUACACCUCAAAGCCAGCAGCCAGAAAAGCUCUGGAUAAAUGCGGUGAUGGUGCCUAUCUUCUCACAGCUUUUCCUCGGCCUGUUACGGUGGAACCUAUGGAACAGUUUGAUGAAGAGGAAGGACUGUCUGAAAAACUCAUAAACAAAAACCAGCAGUAUCACAAAGAGCGUGAGCAGCCUCCUCGAUUUGCUCAGCCGGGCUCAUUUGAGUAUGAGUAUGCCAUGCGCUGGAAAGCUCUGAUGGAAAUGGAGAAGCAGCAGUAUGAAAUGGUGGACCGCAACAUCAAGGAGGCUCAGGAGAAGCUGGAGGCCGAGAUGGAGGCGGCCAGACACGAGCAUCAGGUGAUGCUGAUGAGGCAGGACCUGCUGAGGCGGCAGGAGGAGCUGCGGAGGAUGGAGGAGCUCCACAGUCAGGAGGUGCAGAAGAGAAAACAGGCUGAGCUCCGGCAGGAGGAGGAACGCCGGAGGAGAGAGGAGGAGAUGAGGAUGCGUAGCGAAGAGAUGAUGAAGAGGCAGCAGGAGGGCUUCAGAGGCAACUUCUCUGAAAAUAGGGAGCAAGACAUGAGGAUGCAUAUGGGCAUGGCAGCUGAGAAUACUCCAGUGAUGACAGGGCCAGGAACCAACAACAUGCCUGGAGGAGGCCAAGGUGGCUUCCCCAGAGGCCUCCCUGGGCCUGGAGACUAUGGACCUAAUAAGCAACGCAGAUUUUGAAUAACAUCUAUGUCUUUUCCAUUUUCAUACUCACUGUAUUUUUAAGUUCAGGUAGUGAGCAUUACUUUUGAACUUUGGAAACUGUUGCAUUUUUUUGUACUUUUAUUUGAACCUUUGACUUAUGUUUUAGUACUAAAAUGUCUAAACUCUCCAAAUGAGCCAUGUGUUUUAUUUCCCACAUUAAUGUAUUUUUACUAGGGAUAGAAAAUGUUUUUGUCCUGGAUAUGUUGACUUUUCUGGAAUAAAUUCAUGAUUCCCUAA